GGUCGCAGGCUGCGACACUGGAUUCGGACACCUCUUGGCUAAGCGGCUCGCAUCGGACGGCUUCCGCGUCUACGCUGGCUGCCUCAGUUCCACCAGUGACGGAGCCAUGACACUGACGCUCGUGCCAAACGUAUGUGUAUUAGACCUGGACGUAACGAAGGAGGACGACAUCGAAAAAGCGUACGCCAUCAUCUCUACAGACGACAGUAAUAUGGCUCUCUGGGCAGUGGUGUCCAACGCCGGAGUGGCGACUGUUGGCCCACUGGAAUGGCACAGUGCGGCCAAGAUACGAACCUUGUUCGACGUAAAUGUUAUCGGAGCCGCUGCCGUGGUCCUAAAGUUCCUUCCACUGCUUAAAAAGUCGCAAGGACGGAUUGUCAUCGUGUCCAGCAUGUUCGGUCGCAUGACGGCUCCGUUGGUGGUGCCCUACUGCAUGACCAAGCACGCCUGUGUCUCUCUAGCAGAUGGACUCCGGCGAACGUUGCGCACCGCAGGUAUUCAAGUCAGCACCAUCGAACCCACUGGAUACAGGACAGCAAUAUCAGACCCGAAGGCAGUAGCCCAACACGUCGAUGAGCUCAUCGCAAGCCUCCCAUCGGAAGUGCGCAAGGACGUCAAUCAAGAAAAAGUGUCAAAGUUGAAAAUCCUUGCCAGGGUGUUCUCUGAAGGUCUUAUGCGUGACGAUCCAAGUGAAGUGGUUAGAGACAUGGUCUCCGCCCUCAGGGAAAAGCAUCCCAAGGCACAUUACAGGACCGGGGGACCUGCGGACAGAGUAGUGCGCCUCCUUGACUACAUACUUCCUUCGGAGGUUGCAGACUACAUGCUGUUAACCUUGGCUCAAUCCAAUGGUGUAAAAGAGAAAUCUAAAACUUACGUCGGGGAGUACAACGCGAAAUAGGAAAGGCUUCGCGCCAGCUGUCCGCCGUUUGACGCAUCGUUGACAAGACCACACCAUAACA